UCCACUCCACAUUAUGGAGCAGCCUGAGGACACUGGCAUUGCUGAGCUGGGAAGGGCAGGACCUGAACUCCUACCUGAAGAUGAUGUCAACUAAUAUCUUGCAAGCAAAGUGAUGGAAAAGGUAUCAGUGGGUGUGGGUGCCGGCAGCAGCAUCACAAAGGUUCAGCCCCUCCCUGCUGUAUCCUGGAGACAUGGGGAGGAGGGAGGGAGGAAGAGACAGAGAGAGAGAGGAUCAGGGUCAGAUGAAUUCCAGCCUGAGUGACGAAGGCAGUGUGUGCAAAUGAGGAGAGGAGCGUGCGUGCAUGUGCGUCAGUGUGGACGAAUCAGAAAGGGUUAGAGACAGAGAGUGAGGGGUGGAUUGUGUGUGUGUGUGUGAGAAAAAGACAGGAGGAAAUCCAGGCAGCAGGAAGAAAGGGGGCAUAAAGGGAGGAAGGAAAAGGGGGGCAGGAGGAAGAAAGAAGACAAGACAAGGGGACCCAGACUGAGAGGGAAGAUGGCUGAGCCGGAGCUGAAAUCAAGGAGCAGUAGUGAGCGUGUUUCUAAGGCGGCGAGCCAGGAGAAGAUAGCGGCAGCCGAUACAGACCCAGACCAAGAUGGUCUCAUCGAGGAACGGCCAGCAUCUCCAUCUGCCUCCUUGGUCUCUGCUCCAACGGCCACGAGCCCCACCAAAGGCUCACCCGCCAAGGGGGAGAAGAUCGAGCUCAAACGCAGCAUCACCCUCUUCAACGGCGUGGGGAUGAUCAUAGGCACCAUCAUCGGCUCGGGCAUCUUCGUCACCCCGACAGGUGUGGUCAAAGAGACGGGCUCGGCCGGGCUCUCCCUCAUCAUCUGGUCAGCGUGUGGAGUGAUCUCGACCAUGGGCGCCCUGUGCUAUGCCGAGCUGGGCACAACCAUCACCAAGUCAGGGGGGGACUACACUUACAUCCUGGAAGUGUACGGCGAGUUGGCAGCCUUCCUGAAGCUGUGGGUUGAGAUGCUCAUCAUUCGGCCUUCGUCGCAGUACGUGGUGUCGCUGGUGUUCGCUACAUAUCUUCUGAAACCUCUCUACCCAGACUGCUCUGUGCCCGACAGUGCCGCCAAGCUCAUUGCCUGCCUGUGUCUCACGUCUCUGACAUUCGUAAACUGCAUCAGUGUCAGAGCGGCCACCAAAGUGCAGGACUUGUUCACAGCCUCCAAGUUGGUGGCUCUGAUCAUCAUCAUCCUCUUUGGCUUCAUCCAGAUCUCCACAGGUGAGAAGCACAGAUGGAGCCACACAG